UGCUGGUAUUGUCAACAGAGUGGUAUUCAUCAUGCAGUAAAUCCAGACCCUUACAGAGGAAUUUUCGGUUCUGAUGGAGAAAAAUAUGCAAGAGAUGUUCAAGAUAUCAUUAACUUUGGAACUUCUGGACAUGUUGCAGCCUUCAUGUCUGAAGCUAUCCAGGGAGUGGGGGGCAUCGUUGAACUGGCUCCUGGUUACUUGCCUGCUGUAUACAAUACCAUAAAAAAAGCAGGAGGACUUUUCAUUGCCGAUGAGGUUCAGGCUGGCUUUGGUCGCACUGGAAGCCAUUUUUGGGGAUUUGAGUCCCACAACGUUGUUCCUGACAUAGUGACAAUGGCUAAGGGCAUUGGAAAUGGUUUUCCCCUUGGUGCCGUUGUAACAACUCCAGAGAUUGCAGAGGUCUUAACCCACCGGAAUUACUUUAACACCUUUGGUGGGAAUCCUGUUAGUACUGCUGCAGGGUUGGCUGUUUUAAAAGUAAUAGAGAAAGAACAGCUUCAAAAAAAUGCACUUGAGGUUGGGACCUAUUUGAAAGAAAAGCUCACUAGCCUAAAGGACAAAUAUGAAUUGAUUGGUGAUGUGAGAGGAAGAGGCCUGAUUCUAGGAGUUGAACUUGUCACUGAUCGUGAGCUUAAAAUUCCAGCAAAAGCAGAAACAUUGCAUGUAAUGGACCAAAUGAAAGAAUCAGGGGUACUUAUUGGCAAGGGUGGUUACUAUGGAAAUGUCUUCAGAAUUACACCCCCCUUGUGUUUCACCAAAGAAGACGCAGAUUUCGUAGUAGAUGCAAUGGACUUGACCUUGUCUAGAAUGUGAAGCUUAGACCGGAUAUACUAGCUUUAAUAAAAGUAUUAUAUUAUCAUAAGUGAAAUGAUGUAAUGCCAUAUUCACAGUCGGUAAAAUUUACAGAGAUGCAGACUUAUUAGCUAAAAUAGCCAACCUAUCCAUGAUCUUAGGACAUAAAUGAGCCAACAACUCGUUGUCUCUGGUCUGAUGUUUGUACCUUUUCAUAUGAAGGAGCCAACAAUUCGUUGUCUCUUGUCGUUUA